CAUGCGCAAUAAGCGGUGGGAACUAGAAGAAAACGGUCAUGUAUUUGAAAUUGCGAUGUACUGUUUCGGCUGAGGCCACUACCCUGUCCCGAUUCCGAAACAUAUUUCACAUGACCGAGAGGGUACAUUAUGAACAGUAAUCCAUUCUCACCUCUCCACUCGUUGGAUAGCAUUAGCAAGACUCAAGUUGAUAUUGACAUUCUUCAGACUCCGUUGUUACCCGUCCAAGAGGAUAUUGAUAGCUUGCCAUCUCCAUUGGUUCCUUCACAGUCCGGAAUUCUGAAGCCGUCGCAAAAGGAGAAUAUCUUGGUAUCACCGUUGCUCUCGGUAAAUAAUAAAAAGGUCACUUUUCAGACCCCUCUGAAACCUAACAAAGGCAAGUCCCUACCCAGUAAUCCAGCGUACGAAUUUGUACGUGAACUUGAUGACAAAGAAAGCUGGAUAGAACGUGUGCAAGUUGUCACAAAGCAGGACCACACCGACUACAUAAACUGCGCCAACGAAUUCGUCAACGAGCUCAUUGACAACCUUCCAAUACGGGAAGAAGAAGAUUCUUUGGAGCAAAACCAAAAACAACCGGUAGAUCUUCUUAUUGGCAUAGAAGACAAAGAGAACCAGCAUACUGCCUAUGUCCUUGGUACACCUUGUCAGAAAGCAGACGACAAAAUGGCAGGAAAAUCCAUAGCUGAUAUGACUGAUGAAGAAUUAGCGAACUAUAACCCAUUCGGUACCAAGGCAAGUGUGGCUAAUUCUCCUCCGAGGGGUGAAAAUGCGAGUAAAUCUGUUGCCGAUAUGACCGAAGAGGAGUUGGCAAACUUUAAUCCAUUUGGUACAAAGUCCGCUAUUGCUAAUUCUCCUCCUAGAAUCGCAAACUCAUCAACGUUCGAUCUUCAAGAUAUAGGAAAUUCAGUUGAUCAUGUUGAAGUGAAACGGGUCUCACCUGAACAGUCAGACAGUGCAUCAUUUGGCUUCAAUGUUGAGGAUUCUACUCCUGAUUCCACAAGUGAAUUACCAUCAGCCAAUGGAAAUGGGAACUAUGAUAGUGCAGUACCACAUGAGGCAGAUCCCAUCAAUGGGCUAACAGACAAUUCUGAUAUGUUGCCAACACCAUCAGGUUUGUCAGAGAAUUUAGGUCACGAGUUAACUGGAGAUGAUGAUUUUGGAGCAGGCGAAGAAGAGUUCUUUCCAGCAGAAGAAGGUCCCUUUGACACUGGUGUGCAGGGAGAGAUAAGUUUUGAGGAGAUGGAACUCCGUCUAGCGGAGGAAGUCUUUGCACCAGCUGACCCUGCUGCAUUUGAUGUUGAUUUUCUAGAGAAAGCUGGUAGUACAAGCUCUUUUCAGGCAUCGGCCCUUGCUCGGCAGUCCCUGUAUGUCAAGUUUGAUCCGCUAGUGAAACCUGAAAUAAAAUCAGAUUCACCUAUAAGAUCAAAAUUACCUCCGGCGGUCACACGCCUUGGAGAAGUAGAUGAGGAGGAUCUAUUUCAGAUGGAUACUCCGCCGCCUUCUAAGCCUACCUCUCGUAUUCCGUCUCAUAACUCCAACAGUCACGGCACGCCAAAGGAAAUUGAUAGGCUGUUGCAGUAUAGCCCUGUUGUCCAGGAACCAGGUAUGAAAUUUGGAGACAGUCCAAAAGUAUAUUCCCCUCCCAAAGAGGAAGGCAUAGUUGAACUCCUUAAAUACUCUCAAACAGAGAUGGAUACGGUAGUAAGGAAAGCCAGACACCAAGUGCAGAAGGAGAUGGAGAAGAGACUAGAGGAACAACAUCAAAAAUAUCAAAAACUUGAGAAAGAAAAGGACACUCUAGAUAAGGCUAAAUCAGAUAUGAAGGCUUUGGUUACGGAAUAUGAGCGUACAAUACAGCAAAUGAUGGGUGACAUGAAUCACCAUAAAAACUCCUCCGAGGGUAAAGUAGAAGAACUUCAACGGGAAAAAGAACAAGCUUUAGAUGAUUUAGCCUCCGUAGAGAAUGCUUUUAGUGAUCUACACAGGAGAUAUGAGAAACUCCGCAAUACAAUUGAGGGUUAUAAAAAGAAUGAAGACAUACUGAAAAAGUGUGUGUCUGACUACCAAGCCAAAUUAAAGAAACAAGAUCACAGAUACCAAACGCUGAAAUCUCAUGCUGAAGAAAAAAUAGAAAAAGCCAAUGCUGAAAUUGACAAGGUAAAGAAAAGCUACAUAGCUGAGAUUACGGGACUGCAGGCAGCAAUGAAACGUGAGCAAAUGAAGGCAGCAAGUCAGGAAAAGACCAUUGAACAGAAAACAAAAGAAAAUACAGAACUUACAAAUAUUUGCGAUGAAUUAAUAGCAAAGAUGGGCGGGGGCUCAGGUGGUUCAAGUUGAUUGGUCAGCCAACAUUUAUGAGGAAAUGUUAUCAAACUAUUAAU